CAUAUAUAGCUCCUGAGAACUGCCAGAACUGCUCUCUGUCUCCCUCCCUGCUCCAUUUCUGCUUCUGAAGCUUGUGCCCAGUUCUUGACCACUGCUGUGGUCUUUGGGCACCCACUACAGUAGAACAGGAUGGCUGAGAAGCAGGAACAACCUCCAGUAGCCCAGAAUGGUGAAAAGGCUGAAAAUGCAGAAAAUGCAGAGGAAUCCGCAGAGGGGGAAAAGCCAAAGGAACUGGAGGAAUUGCCACCCUUUGAAAUUGUCACAGGGGAACGGCUUCCAGCCUGCUUUUUCAAUUUCCAGUUCAAGAAUGUUGAAUACAGUUCAGGAAGAAACAAGACCUUCCUAUGCUACAUCAUAGAGAUUCAGGGCAAGGAGUCUAAAAUCUUAAGGGGCUACCUGGAAGAUGAACAUGCAGCAGCCCACGCAGAAGAUGCCUUCUUCAAUACCAUCUUGCCCAAGUGUGAGUCUGGCUUGCGCUACAGUGUCACCUGGUACGCCAGUUGUAGCCCCUGUGUAGGCUGUGCUGAUCGGAUAGUUAAAGCACUUCAGAAGAAUAAGAACCUACACCUCUCCAUUGCAGUAGGUCGUCUAUUCAUGUGGGAGGAACCUGACAUACAAGCUGCCUUGAAGAAAAUGAAAACAGCUGGUUGUAAAUUGAGGAUCAUGAAACCUCAAGAUUUUGAGUAUGUCUGGCAAAACUUUGUAGAGCAGGAGGAGGAAGAAGAAGCAAAGAAGGCAUUUACACCCUGGGAAGACAUUCAAGAGAACUUCCAAUUUUAUGAUGAAAAGCUUGGUGAACUUUUGCACUGAGGUUAGUGUUAAGUGUGAUUUUGAAAUUUCCCUGUUUAGGGUACUUUUUCAGACCAUCAUAAACUUAAUUUUGGUUUUUAAUAUAGCAGCUUUGGGCAGAUUAGAGCACAUAUCUCUGUAUUUCACUGCAGAGGCAUAGUGAAUUCUGUUUUAUCAACUGCUGGCACAUUGAAGAACCAGUCUAUUAUUUAUUCAAGAGACAGCAAGGGGAAAUAAAUGUCCUGGCAGUAGAUUAAUCAAGGGGAAACAUUUAACUAAACUCUGACCCCAGAAUAAGUAUCAAGAAUUCAAGUCUUGUAUAUCAAACAUAAGAACACUAGAGCUGAAAAGGCACAAAAGUAAAAAAGAAAUUGACAAGUGAUUUCCAAAGUUGCUUUCAGCUACAGCAGCAUUCUCUCAGACUGGAUUAUGCACGAAAACAUUCCAUAGCUCAAAUUGACCUCUAGAUUAGAAUUCUAAUCUGCGUGUUUCACUAAUCUCUAGCUAUGUAUUGUAAUUCCCCAAUCUUUAACACAGAUUCUACAUGGCUGCAGUAUUUCUUUCCUGGUUUUCAGUCAACCAUGGAAAAGUGGUGAUCCUACUUCUUUGGUGAAAGACACGCAAAAUACAGAGUUGCCCCUCUUUUUUAAAGACAACCCAAUCUCUUUAUUUCCUCUUUACAAGAUUGUCUCUGUUCCAACCUGGACUCACAGAUCCGUUUGUUUUUUCAUAGUGCUUCUAGAGUCUUGAUCCCAAGGAAUCCAUUCUAUUUUCAUUCUCACUUCCAUAUGGCAAUAGCUCCAUGUAUCUAUAUUACGUAAGUUAGAAAAACUGAUUGGUGGAAAUGGCAAAUGAAUAUAGGAAUCAGUCUAACAAGAAGCCAAACGUAUGAUCUAUCUAUUGUAAUUCAGUUUUUUUCAAACUUGACACCUUUAAAGUGUGGCCUUAACAGGCACCCAUUGUAAAGCUGCCAAUUUUGAAAAACACUGAUCUAAUUCAACAGUUGCAGCUGCUAACAUUUCAGGGAGUGAUACUUUAGUGGAAUUGAAACACAACAUAUCUGGAUGCAAAGGAAUGCUCUAACACAAGGGUGAAAAAACUGGUAGCCAUGGGCCAGAUGCAUCACAGGCCACGCCCACCCCAGCUCCACGAAGGCAAAAAACGUUGCAAAACGUCACGUGAGGGCAAUGUGACGCAGCAAGUUUGACACCCGUGCCCUAACACUAAACUAGGUCUUUCUCCCUAAUCCAUCUGCUACAGAAAUAUCACAAUCUAUUAUAGUGAAGCAUUUUUCAAGUGGUACUGCAUUUUCGGCAGUACAAAUUCCAUGCUGCAAAUCACAUCAAUUUGAAUCAGAGUAUAAAAAAGAACAUAAAUAAUAUUUUAGAGUAUUUUAAUCAAUUAAAACAAACACAUACCCUAAUUACAAUAAAAUUAACCUGGAAUCUUAAAAGUGUACCAUUAAAUUAGUUUGUUUAGAAAAUUUAUUUGCUGCCUAUCUCAUAUCCUACAUAUGGCAAAAAUCUCAACCUCUAUAAAAUUAUCAACAGGGAUUUGAAGAAGCUAUUAUGAAAGUGUUUCUGGCUAUAUAAAGGGUGCCAAAUGGAUUUUAUGAUUUUAGAACAGUGAAGAAAUCAAACCCCCUGCAAAAUAAGGAAUGUUUAUAUUAGUUAUCCUAUUUUGCAAGAAAUAAAACACCAUAUUGCUGACAAAACCACUUUGUGUCUCUUUUUCUG